AUGAUAAAGUUCUUAGUUAUUUUUUCUCCCAUUAUUCAAAAUGAACUAGUUAUAAUUAUGGGCCAACAAGUUAAACAAGAAAUAUUGAAUAGAAUAAAUAAAUCUAAAUAUUUUUCCAUUCUCUUUGAUUGUACACCAGACGUUUCUCACCAAGAGCAAUUAACUGAAAUAAUUAGAUAUGUACACAUUGUUAAUGGAGAAGUAUCAAUAGAAGAAUCAUUUAUUGACUUUAUCAUAAGCCACGAGAAAACUGGAUCAGGAUUAGCUGAUGAAAUAUCAAGUAAAUUGAAAGAAGAUGGAUUAAACAUCAUGGAUUGCAGAGGACAAGGCUUUGAUAAUGGCGCCAACAUGGCUGGAGUUCACAAUGGAGUUCAGGCUCAUAUUAUUUCCAAAAAUGAUUUGGCUAUGUUUGUUCCAUGUGCUGCUCACAGUUUAAACUUAAUUGGCGUACAUGCGGCACAAACUUCUCCAACUAUUAUAACGUUCUUUGGUGUUAUUCAAAAACUAUUUACAUAUUUUUCUGGUUCAACAUCAAGAUGGGAAAAAAUUAAAAAUGUACUAAAAAUAACAUUAAAAUCACACUGUGAGACCCGUUGGUCUACUAAAAAACAGGCCGUAAGUGUACUUAAAAAUAACAUAAAAGGUGUUUAUGAAGUAUUGGAAAAAUUGUCUGAGGAUUCUAAACUUAAUAAUGAUACAAAGAUAGGUGCUAAACAUUUAUUAUACCAAGUAAAUUUAAAAUUUUUAUGUUUACUUAAUCUAUGGUAUAUAGUUUUAAACCAGAUAGACUACGUCAAUAUUGCAUUGCAAACUAAAAACCAAACCAUAGAUGUAGCUGUUAAAAUGUUGAACGGUUUAAUAAAAUCAAUUCAAGAAAUAAGGGAAAAUGGUUUUAAAAAAUGUCUGAGUGAGGCAAAAGAUAUGGCCAAAUCCUUAAAUAUUACUUCUGAAUUUACCAACAAACGUACCUCUGUUGAAUCAAAAGACACAGAAAAUAAAUUUAGAGCUCAAUGUUAUGAAGCAUUAGAUUCUAUUCUAUCCAGUUUAUGUUGGAGGUUUGAAAAAAUGUCACAAAUCGCAUCUGAUUUUAAUUUUUUGUCUGAGUUGUAUUCUGAAAUUGAGAAUUUCAAAUAUCAGGCUCCAUUAUUAAUGGCAAAAUUUGAGAAUGCAACUCAGUUAGAUAUUCUAAAGCAUAUUCAUCAGUACUCUUUAAAAGGUUUAUAUCCGAAUUUAGAGGUAGCACUACGGAUAUUUUUAACAAUUCCUGUCACUACGGCUUCUUGUGAAAUGAGUUUCAGCAAGCUGAAAAUCAUAAAAAAUUAUCUAAGAUCAACAAUAAGUCAAAAUCGUCUCACCGGAAUGGCUAUAUUAUCUAUAGAAAAAGAUAUAGGGAAGACAACUUCAUUUGAUGAUGUCAUUGAUCAAUUUGCUUCAAUUAAAUCAAGAAAAGUACCUUUGUAA